AUGGAAUUUCUCACAGUCGAAUUUCUUGGUAGACAACAAAAGUUUAUCAUCAAUUGUCGCGCCGAAGGUAUGACAUAUAGUCAAACUAAGCUUGCAUGGGAGGAAGAAUACCCAGAUCUCGGAACUUUAACAUCCAAUCUCAUUGCUACUGCACUUAAAAGAGCUGCAUUAGGUCUAUACUGGGAAAAAGGGAAUCAUGGCGGUGCAGAUCCAUACCUAUGCGAGCGUGAUCAGCUCACUUUAAAAGAAAUUAUCGAAGAUUCUGCUUACAAAGGUGAAGCUCUAGAAGCAGCUGACAUUAUUGACGAGGCGUUCAAGUUGAAAGAGCUCAGAAGAGAUUAUGGUUACAGAUUCCUUCUUGAGAUUAAUUGUCCUACUCUUGCAGAAGAAGUUAUCAA